ACUUCAAAUAGGUCGUGCUGAUAUUCAAUAGUCCGCGAGAAGCAGAGAUACAUGUUUACUGGAUGCCGGCUCGUCUUGUUUAUUUUUCAAAUUUGAUCUGAGUUUUGUUUUGUAACAACAAUGUGCAAGUGUGGUUAUUUGUCGGUUGCAUUUGUCGCACUUUUGUCUUUAGUAAAUAGCCAAGUGCAGGAUGGAAGCCCCUGUAAAAUACCAAACGGGCCAAACGGCAUAUGUAUAUACGUCUACGAAUGCAAAGUUGUGACAGAUAUACUUUCCAGAAGUAGUUUAACCUUCGAAGCUAGAAAUUAUGUGAGAAGUCUAUCGUGUGGCCAAAGAAAUGGAAGACCGUAUGUGUGCUGUCCUCAGCUAAGUACUAGAGAUACUAAUACAAUACAGCCAGUUAACCCAACUGCAGCUACUGAAGAGGAACUACUUUACAAAGAAAAAUUUAUUCUUCCGCCAAAAUGUGGUCUCAGCAAUGCUUCACAUCCCAAAGUUGUCGGAGGCAUACCAGCUAAGCUAGGUGACUUUCCAUGGAUGGUAGCUUUAGGCUAUCAGAAUAGAAAAAAUCCUAAUAUACCAAGGUGGCUUUGUGGUGGAACGUUAAUUACGUUUAGGCACGUUUUAACAGCUGCGCAUUGUGUGCAAAAUAGACCAGAUUUGUAUAUAGCGAGAGUCGGAGAAUUAGAUUUAUAUGUGGAUGACGAUGGGGCAAAUCCCAAAAAUGUACGAAUUACCAAUGCUAAAGUUCACGAAGAAUUCAGUAGUACCAAAUUUAUCAAUGAUAUAGCUAUAUUGACCCUUUCAGAAAGUGUUGAAGAUGUGGCUGGCGUUACGCCCAUUUGCCUGCCAUUUGAAGAUCACAUAAGAACCAAAUCGUAUGUUGGUGCACAACCAAUGGUCGCUGGAUGGGGAGCUAUAAAUUUUAAUGGUCCUUCAAGUUCAGUUUUGCAAAAGGUCAAAAUUCCAAUAAUAGAUAACAGUCAGUGUGAAAAAGUCUUUGCAAAGCAAAGUAUAAUUGAUGACACAAUUAUAUGCGCUGGGUAUAGCGAGGGUGGCAAAGAUUCUUGUCAGGGAGAUUCAGGCGGUCCCCUAAUGUACGGAACUUCGAACCGUUCAGAAAGAGGUAUAUUGUUUUAUCAAAUAGGGGUUAUAUCUUAUGGUCGUCGAUGCGCAGAAGCUGGUAUACCUGCUGUUUAUACUAGAGUAACAAAGUUCCUGAACUGGAUAGGAAAAAAUUUAGACUAGAAAAACUAUAUUAUAAAAAAAAAUAUAUAUUCAACAGAAUAUCGGUGAAAGAGCUUUAACAGUGUAUUAAAAAUAAGACUAUACGUUUUUUUAUCAUUUAGGUCUAGACUUUUUAUAGGAUAGAAAUGUUACAUAUGAGAAUGAAACACAGCAAACUGAGAAAAUAAUAUCUUAUAUUAUAUCUAAAUAGGUAGGUAAUCAUUGGUUGAUCGUUAUAUAAUAUAUGAAUUAAUGGAAUAUUUAUUAUUUGUAUCUACUCAUUAAUAUGUAUUUUUUUAAUAAAUAGACUUGGCGCUUUAGUGUAC